AGUCAGUUUUGCUCCGUUGGGGGUCCGACGGGUGUACUCUUAGGGUUAAUUGCAGGCGUCAACGGCAUUGGGGAGCCUGUUCACCAGUCGGGUCGCGUAUGCGUGCAAGGAUAUAAGCAUAUAAGGAAACAUCUGUCGACACUCUCGAAACCCACCGGAAAAGAGUGCCUCGGCAGGUCUAAGCAACUCACUUGUCUAAUCCUACACACACGCGCUUUUUGCAUCAGACAGACCGUCAAGCUCGCCAUGUCGUCAUCUCGAUCAGGUCGCUCUGGAGGAUCGGGCCAUCAUGGGUCUAGGGGGGGCAAGAAGGGCAGAUCAAGCCAAUCUUCAACCCAACAACUCAUAGAAUCAUUGCAAACCCAUCGAGUCAACGUCCUGACCGAAUUAUGCCGCAUCGAAAGAGUGGCAGCAAGCUGCGACAACGAAGAGAACUCCCGCGCAUUCCAGGGCCCCAUGACAUCGGCAUGGGACUACUACGUCAACAGCAACCAGUUGCUGACCGAACUCCGCGGGCUGACGCCAAACUACCCCAUCGUCAGCGAACUCGUCAACGAAGCCCAUCGCCUGGUGCGGAAUGACCCGGAGUCGAACCGGAGCUGGAAUUUGGCGUGGUUGUGUUUAACUAAGAUACAGGAUAAUGGUCUCAUUUCCGUCUACGCCACGUCCGAAUCCUGGAGAAAGGAGAUGUGGGGUGGUCGCGAUCCCUCCCAGGAAGAAGCAGACCAGCUUGCGCAGUGUUUUGAGUACGAGUGGGCCCAGGCGGUUGCCAACAUGCUUAGACAUUGGUCCGUGGCACCGACUUGGUACUGAGUGAUGG